AUGCGAUAUUUAUUCUCAUAUAUACUAUUAUAUCCUUUUCUAAAGGGAAUACAUGCAUCACUAAUUACUCAACAAGUGAAUAUCCAUGAAGUUUUUCCUCUUAAAGAUGUUGUUUUAUACCCGCAUGAAACUUCUAAAAAAUCUAUUGAUUCACAUUCAUCAUUUGAUUUAACUUUUACGUUACCUUAUCAUUAUCAACAAACGGAAUACCCAGACUGGAUGAAAAAAUAUGUUAAAUUAACUAUGGUUCCAAACUUAGAUUUGCUGAGUGAGGAUUCAUAUUUGAAAAUCCAUAAUGAAGACGGAGAGGUUAUAAGUUCAGAAAGAAUUGAUAGGAAUAAUUAUAGAGUUUAUCGCGGAGAUGCAUUUAUAACAUAUACAGAAAACAACACAGGAUUGUUGGAAAAAAAAUGGCAUAAAAUUGGAUGGGCAAGGAUAUCGCUUCAUCAGGAUGGAGACUUACCGAUAUUUGAAGGGGCAUUUUCAUUAUCGAAUGAUUUUUAUACCGUAAAAACAGCAGAAAAUUACAUGUUACUUAAAGAAGCUCAUGAACCAGAAAUUUUUGAGCCUAAAAAAAGCAUGGUGUUAUGGCGUGAAUCAAAUAAACCGCCUAAAACUUUAAGGAAACGGAGCAAUAUAUAUCUAGAUAAUAAAUGUUUAUUAAAUAGCUUAUAUGAUGAUAUGGUUCCUAUAAAUCUAGCAGCAUUAUCUUCCAAUUCCAGAAAAAGUAACGCCGCUGAGAAGUCUAGUUUAUUUUCUUCUAGAAUUCGAUUAGCAGAAUAUAUUGGGGAUAAUUCUGGAUGUCCAAAGUAUAAACAAAUAGCUUAUGUUGGAGCAGCUCUUGACUGCAAUUAUAUUUCGAUGUUUCAAAGUUCAAUUGAUGCAACAAAUCAUGUUAUCCAUCUUUAUAAUAGAGUAUCUUUGAUUUAUGAGGAAACAUUUAAUAUUUCCUUAGGAUUAUUGAAUAUAACCAUUAUGAAUAGAUCAUGUCCUAAAGAGAAUCCUAAAGUUUUAUGGAAUGUCGCAUGCUCAUUACAACAUAACAUUAGUACUCGUUUAAAACAUUUUAGCCUAUGGAGAACCCAGAUUAAAGAUAAUAUUGCAUUAUGGUCUCUAUUUACAACAUGUCGAAAUACUAUGGAAGUAGGUAUUGCAUGGUAUGGGGUUCUUUGCCAGGAUAUUAUCUCAAAGAAUCAAGAUAUUAAUUGGGUUUCGGGGACAAAUGUUAUAGCAAGUCCGAAAAAUAUUGAACAUGUUGUACUUGCUCAUGAAAUAGGGCAUGGAUUUGGUGCAUCUCAUGAUUGUACUAGCGAAACAUGUAAGAAUGAAUCAGCUUCAUGUUGUCCUUUAAGUACCACUAUAUGCAAUGCAAAUGAAAUGUAUAUAAUGAAUCCAAAAAGUUCUAUAACAGCACGAACUUUUAGUCAAUGUACUAUAGGACAAGUAUGCAACAAUCUUAAAAAAAAGCACGUUAAUUCUAAUUGUCUGGUAAACAAUAAAAAUGUUAGUUUAAUUUCACAAAAAAAGUGUGGAAAUGGUAUCGUUGAAGAUGGAGAAGAUUGUGAUUGUGGAGGGGAAGAAGGUUGUAAAGGAAAUUUAUGUUGCAAUCCUAAGACAUGCAAAUUCACAAGAGGUUCAGAAUGCGAUGAUUCUAAUGAAGUUUGUUGCAUAAAAUGUCGUUACGCACCUAAAAACACUAUUUGUCGUUCCUCACGAGGAGAAUGUGAUCUUGUUGAAGUAUGUUCCGGUACAUCUUCAAUAUGCCCUCGAGAUAAAUUUAAAAAGGAUGGUACGCCAUGUGGCAAUAAAUCUAAAUGUGCAUCUGGCAUAUGCACAACUCGCGAUAUGCAAUGUAUUAACCAUUUUAAUAAUUCCAAAGGAUCAUGUCAUAGCUCUUGUGUGCUUUUUUGUGAGUUAGGGGGGGUUUGUAUAUAUUCAGGAUUUCAAAGUUAUUUUAUCGAUGGAACACCAUGUGGAUUUUAUGGUUAUUGUUAUAAAGGCAACUGUAUAGAAGGCAGUUAUGGAAAACAUUUAAAAUCAUUAUUAAGUGGACUUAAAAAUUGGAUCUUUAUUAUCAUUUUUAUUUUAGGACUUGUUCUUGCGUUUUUGAUUAAUUGUAUUUUUAGUCGAUGUUUCUCACAUGUUUCUCAGAAAGAAAAAGUAAUUGAUCAGGAUUAUCAAACAGAUCAUAUUCCUAUAUAUACGAAUUAUCCAUACAACUAUGAUAACAUACCUAAUUAUAUACCACAUAUGCAAUACAAUCCACAUAGACAUUAUCAUAACUUUAAUGAAAGGAAUUUCUAUUAUGAGGCUAAUCCAAAUUUGCCUACUAAUUAG